AUAGUUGAUACGAUGACGGCCAGUACGUUGGCGUUGGAUAUGAGCCUGCCUCGGAGUGAUAACAGGUUUGAUGAUGCGUUUUUACCCACGAAGAGGCGACGAGGCUCCUCCUGUGGAGAUGUCCUCGAGGCCAUCACACGCUCUGAUGGUAUGUCAAGUUACGAUGAGAUA